UGACCUCGAAACGCAUACAUGACCGGCGGUGAUGUUUCGCAACAUAUCGGAAUACCGUUUGAGAUUAUCGUCAAUUUUAUGGCGCGACGGAAAAAAAAACAUAGCACCCAUCGCUGCUUAACCACAAGUUCAACACUUAAGUUACACACUCGAUAAGUGUCAUUUUUUUACGGACCCAUGACCUCAUUCUACAGCUAACGUUGCAUGAAUCCACACCGGCUCGCGCCCUCCAUGACACUACUUCGAAGACGUUAGUGAGCGUUUAUUAAAUUUAUCUUUCGUAAUUCAGCAUCGCUCGGUUAUUUAUGCAAGAGAAGAGAACAGUCUGUCUCACGACCUUGCCGGAAGGCCAGCACGCGCUGUGGAUGGGUGGAGUCUGUCAUAAGAAAACACUGAGUUUAGCCUGUUAGCUAGCCGCCUGACAGAAUUUAUGAUGGAGUCUUCACUCGGGAUUUCUGAUGACAAAUGUGUGGCUACCGUUAAAGGGCAUGAGCUUAGAGGUGGACAAAAAGAAGCAAGACUCCUAUCUCUGUUAGAGUGUUCUGGACAGUUCAAGUUGAAUAUUCUGGCAAACCCUGAUUCCAUUGUAUUAAAUCCAGUCCCCCAGCUGUCCAUCCCCAUCAAUAACCAUUUUCAGAUAGUUCGAGAGGCUGAAGAAGCGCUUCUCAUUGACAUCUCGGCCAACGCACCGGUACGAUUUCGUCUGCGAGGUGAGAAAACUCCAGAGCUUCUGCUGGAGUUGCAAGAUGAUGUGCAGACUCAAACGUUUUUUCAGCAUGCCAUGAAGGCCAAACAGCAAGCUGAGGGAAGUUCACAGCCCAGGAAGAUGGAACCUGUUGUACCUGCUCCAGUCAAAGGCUCUGUUCCUGUCCCACCUCAAAGAGGAACCUCUAAAUCCACCUCGAACAACAUCAGCAACAGCACUUUAGCAAAACCCUUAAAUGCAGACUCCCUCUUGCUUGACACAGACUUUGGCUUUGAGGAAAAUUUUAACCAUUGUUUAAAAGUGGAAGAAAAGAAGAACCAACAAAACCGUAUAGUUGCGCAACGAGAGCCGCCUCCUCCACCAGUGCCCCCUCUUCCACCUCGUAAAGGCACAUACACACCGUCGGCUAAUCUCCCAGCAGCCCCAGCUGCCAAAGAAAGGCCACUACCAGACCCAUCCAACUACAGCAAGAGGCAGACCAUGAUGAGCAGUCACUCUGGUUCAAGAGAGGGACUGCUGAAGUAUCACCUCACCAAGAGGGAGAAAGAAUAUGUGGACAUUCAGAACUUCAGGAUCUUCACAGGCACAUGGAAUGUGAAUGGUCAGUCCCCAGAUAGCAGUCUUGAGCCCUGGUUAUGUUGUGUCCCGGAACCUCCAGAUGUAUAUGCACUGGGGUUUCAGGAGUUGGACCUGAGCACAGAGGCUUUUUUGUAUAUGGACUCAUCAAAAGAACAGUUGUGGGCUGGUGCGGUAGAGAAAAGCCUUCACCCUAAAGCCAAAUACAGACAGGUCCGUAUUAUUCGUCUGGUGGGAAUGAUGCUGGUGGUGUAUGUCAAAAAGCAACACAAGGACUACAUAAGAGAGGUGGCUGCAGAGUCUGUGGGAACUGGCCUCAUGAAUAAAAUGGGGAAUAAGGGAGGAGUGGCUGUGCGCUUUGUGUUUCAUAAUACCAGCUUUUGCUUCGUAAACUCUCAUUUGGCAGCACACGUGGAAGACUUUGAGCGUCGAAACCAGGACUACAAAGACAUCUGUGCCCGCAUGAGCUUCCACCUGCUGGAUUACCCGCCUUUCGGUAUAGUCAAACAUGAUGUGGUGAUUUGGCUUGGAGAUCUCAACUACAGGCUGUGUUUGCCUGAUGCUGGGGAGGUGAAAAGACUUAUUACAGAGAAUGAGCUAAGGAGGCUUCAGGAGUAUGAUCAGCUUAACAUCCAAAGGAAGACUAAACGUGCAUUCACCGAUUUCAUUGAAGGAGAGAUUAAUUUCAUCCCAACUUACAAAUAUGAUGCUAAAUCAAAUCAAUGGGACUCAAGUGGAAAGUGUCGAAUCCCUGCAUGGUGUGACCGUAUCCUGUGGAGGGGGAGUAAUAUCAAGCAGCUUCACUACCGCAGUCACAUGGACCUAAAGACCAGUGACCACAAACCUGUCAGCUCCCUCUUCAGCGUUGGGGUGAAAAUGAUAAAUGAUCCACGCUACAAGAAAGUGUUUGAAGAGAUUGUGCGAGACAUGGACAGGAUGGAAAAUGACUUCCUGCCUUCUCUGUCCCUAAGUCAUCGAGAGUUUACUUAUGAGAAUGUGAAAUUCCGGCAGCUACAGCGUCAGAGUUUUCUCAUCACUAAUGACGGGCAGGUCCCGUGCACCUUCGCCUUCAUUCCCAAACUCAAUGACACUCAAUAUUGCAAGCCCUGGCUGCGUGCUGAACCCAGUGAGGGGGUACUAGACCCAACUGAGGCAAUGGAGAUCUUCUUGGAAGUGUAUGUCAGUAAAGACUCUGUGACUAUGCUAAACUCCGGUGAGGAUAAAAUUGAGGAUAUUCUGGUGCUUCACCUGGACCGAGGGAAGGACUACUUCAUUACUAUCUCUGGAAACUAUCUGCCAUGUUGCUUCGGGACAUCCCUGGAGACUCUGUGCCGCAUGAAGAAACCCAUUCGGGAAAUCCCCAUCACUAAACUCAUCGAUCUGGGAGAGGAUAGCUGCAUGGAAAAGGAGAAAUCCAGGAUGAAUUUCUUGUUGGACACUGGUGGUACAGAGGACAAACCUCUAAAGAUUCCCAAAGAGGUCUGGUUGCUUGUUAAUCACCUCUACACUAAGGCAUGCCAGCAGGAGGACCUCUUUCAAACCCCUGGCCUUCAGGACGAGUUACAAAGUAUUAUUGACUGUUUGGACACCACCAUUCCUGAUUCCAUCCCUGGCUGUAAUCACUCAGUUGCCGAAGCUCUGCUGAUCUUCUUGGAGGCUCUGCCCGAGCCUGUGCUGUGUUAUGAGCUCUAUCAGCGCUGUCUUGAUUGUUCUCAUGACAGCCGCCUUUGCAAACAGGUAAUAUCUCAGCUCCCACGGGCCCAUCGCAAUGUAUUCCGUUACCUGAUGGCUUUCUUGAGAGAAUUAAUCAAACACUCUAUUGACAACAACCUAAACGCCAACCUCCUAGCUACACUCUUUGCGAGCCUCCUCAUUCGCCCACCACCAAAUGUUGUCAGCAGACAGACAUCGAUCGACCGACAGAAAGCCAGCGACUUCAUCCUGGGGUUUCUGAUGGGAGGUGAUGAAGACUAAGCUGAUUGCACAAAAAGGGGUCAGAGGUUAAGGUGUCACGCCCUCCUCUCAGCGGUCUUCAGGUGGUUCUGGUGUAAAUAGACUUGAACUGGAUGGCUGAGGUAUUUGGACCACCCUUGCACAAAGAUGGCUACUGUUGGGAGUUGCAACAGAUACUGCCUACCGGUUACAUUUACACUGUUCUGUUCCUUAGAAGAAUAGAUUUGUGUCAACAUAUCUCCGUUUUGGCUAUGUGGCUCUGUGAGUAGUAAUACCCACCCUUUGACCCAGAGGAACCUCAUUUUUUUCACUGUAGCAUUACGUAUGCUAUAUGUGACCCUACCUUGUCUGUUUUGACUACUGGAGUGGAGUGCUGUAAUGCCAAAUCCAAUAUUUCAAACCUUAUAUGACUCAGAUAAAUGUAUAUGUGUAUCUGGACCCAAGGACACUCAAAGACUCGCUUAUUACACUAAAAAAAGCCAUUUUAAGGAUAAUGUGGCUGCCAGCUAAAACACUCAGUGAAUCGUCUUUGCUUCAGGCCACAUCCCUGUUUGUCUUUUUUCCAUCUUUACACAAUAGGUAUAGGAAUUAUUAUUAGAGCUGACCUACAGAAAGUGGGAAGAAAGCGUUCAAGGUGAUUUAGACAAUCAAACCGGUCGAAGUGGUUUGGGAAAGCAGCUGCUUUGUGAUCUUUACAGUUGUAUCUGAAUCAUAAGUCGACUCUGUCUGUUGUAGUGUGCACUUGUUGUUAUUUAUAUGUCUAUAAGUCUCGUAUACAACAUUGUGCUCUUUAGUAUAAUAGACAAGUCACAUAAUGAAUGGUUUACUAGAAUCACUUCCUUGCUCCUUUUUAGACCAUUUUGAUGCCGUAAACACACAGUCCUUCAGAUGUUUCAUCCUUAGAUAAAAAGAUUGCUUCAGAUUUGGUCAUCCAUAGAUCAGUAUGCACUAAAAUGGAUCAUUUUAUUCCUUGAAGACUUUUAUAGGUCUUCUUAGUCAAGUUGCGCUACAAAGACAAACCAUUUAACUUAUGUGCUCACUGAGUGUUUAAACUUUUUAAAUGUUCGGUCUUGUUUUGUAAUGAUGUAAUCGUGGUCCUUCAUACUGUAUUUAAGUGUAUCUUGUCAUACUGACUUUUACUAGGAAAAUUGUGCUUGUCUGUUUAUAGUCUUCGUGUCCUUUUCUGGUGUGGUGUGUAGGGCUACAUUUCCACGUUCUAUUUCAGUGUCGUGACAUAACGGUAUUUAAUUAUUACAUACUGUAGUACACAUUGGGAGUCUUAAUCGAUUAUAUUCGUGAAUUUGGAUAUCGCAGAGGCUUAGUGUUACCCAGCCAGUGCAGUUUUAUUCUGCAGUGUACAAACAGGAAGUCGCAUUUGUUCUGUUACUCAUAUUAAUCAUCGCCCCAAAGUUAAAAAGUUAUUAGAAUACAAACCACCAAACCCAUUUCUCAGCAUAAUUCGUGUGACAUCUUGCCCGAGUACAUUUAGCAAUAUGCUCAAAAAUUCACAGGAAAUGGUUUUUGCUGUGCAUUUGGCACACUGGUCGGAAAAAGAGAUAAAAAGUGUCAGGAAAUGUCCUAUCCCAUUUUUAUUUCUUUUUAAUUCGCUUAAGUAAUGACAUUCUGUGUGCACUGCUGGCUUCAUGCCCACCAAGGCUCCCUCUUAUGUGCUUUCUUAAAAAAUUUUCAUCAUGUUUACAUUUAUAUAUAUAAAUAUAUCAUGGAAAGGCCGUAAUUAAAUUCCUGAGCUAGGCUGUCUUUUCCAGGCUGAAAUCACUCACCAUACAAUGCCAGUAGAUGACGAAAGGAAUUUCUGGAAGGAAUAGACCUCAUUGAAGGCGAAACUCAGAUGGCUGUGUUUCUUGCCAGUUUUCUAGUGUGCCGUUAUUACGACCCACCCUGCCUGUUCGUUUGUUUUUCUGUCCCAUCUUUCUGUGAAUCACAUUCAUUUUUUGUACUGAACAGUCUGUUUCUGGUACUUUGCAGCUGGGUACUUGCACAUACUUUGUUUUAUUUGUGGGGAAAUGGGAAUUUAAUUUAUUCAAUGGAAUAAAGACAGUAUGACCAUG